GUUCACUGUAUUUUGAAGAUUAAUUAAUGGAUAUCAAAGAUUUAUCAUGAAACUCCGGUCUCAGUAUGAGAGAAGAGAUUCCAAUGAGUACAGAAGAACACUAAAACUAAGGGAAUCACCAACUGUGAUGCAGCCAGAAGGGUCUUCUCAGGGAGGCAAUGGGUUAACUCUAAAUCUACAACCAGAGCUUUUAGUCCGAACGCCAGGGGCAGGGAGCAUCAAUCCCCCAGAGGCCGGAGAGACAAGGGUUCACAUCUCCAGCCCAGCGGGAGAGAGCGGCGGACGGUCGGCCUCUCGAAGGCCGCGAGCGCACAGCCACACCCACUCUCACAGUCAUGGCCACACCCACUCUCACGAACCCGAGCCAGACCCCAGAGACGCUGACCAGGAGUCGGGGGAGCCCAGUACCUCUUUCUCUGAGCUGCGCUACAUCUUCCACUGGGUUCAAAAGAGUCUUCCAUUCUUAGCUAUACUAUGUGCUAAAGUGGUUAUUCAGCACGCUCUGGGUCUCGCUGUGGGGGUAGGCCUGUUUACAACCUUCUUGUAUGUAAACAAAAACAUCCGAACCCAGGUUUUUCUCCAGGGACGAGCUUCAAGGCUGCAGUGCGUAUGGCUGCUGCUGUUCCUGACCUUUUCCACUCUACUGCUUUAUUACACUUUUCGUGAGGAGAUGCUUUAUUACUGUCUCAUCUUUGUGAACCAUAGUGCGGAGCCGCUGGGGUUCUGGGACGUCCUCUGGGCUGUAGGUGUGACCAAUUACGUAGUGAAGUUCCUCUUCAUGGGGUUAAAGUGCCUUAUUCUCCUUCUCCCCUCUUCCCUCAUGGCUUACAGGACAAGGGGUCAGUGGUACAUGCUGACAGAGGAGGUCGGUCAGGUGUACCAGGUGAUAGCCCCCGUGCCGUGCUGGUUCCGUUACCUGGUAACCUAUCAGGAGAUGGACGGUUUUCCCGGGAUAACUCUGGGAAUCCUGCUGGCUUUGCUCUAUCUCAUACUCAAACUUUUAGGAUUGUAUGGACAGUGGAGUUCUCUGCAGAAGACCAUGAGAGUAUUUCUGAGUGCUGAGCAUAACGGAGCUCCUGCCACCAAGGCCCAGUGCAGUGAGGCUGGAGACGUCUGCUCUAUCUGCCAGGCUGACUUCAGAGAGCCGCGUGUUCUCCUGUGCCAGCAUAUUUUCUGUGAAGAAUGCAUCGCUCUGUGGUUAAACCAGGAGAAGACCUGUCCACUGUGUCGCACUGUGAUCACGGACAAGGUCCACAGGUGGAAAGACGGCUCCACUUCUCCUUAUCUACAGGUUUACUAAGACCAGUGGACGGGACAG